GCAGUGGUUUCCUCAUCGGGUCGGGGGUGUCUGCAGCAGUGGAGGCUACAUUUCUACAUUUGAGAGUCUGUGCAGUAGUGGAUGCUAUGUGUGUGUGAGUGUCUGUGCAGUAGUGGAUGCUGUUCCCUGAACGCUGGCUCAGUGUUGUGAAAUGCUUCCACUGUAGUGUACUCUAAGUGUGUGUAGUGAAAAGCAUGAAUAUUGUAAUCCAGGAGAACAGGGAACGCGGCUCCGGAAGAUCUGCAUCCACCUCUUGAAUUGCAGGACAUUGAGAGGCACCAUGUGCAGCUUACUGAGCCCGAAGCAGCCCCCGGGCCCCGGCCUCACCGACAUGCUGCAGUACCAGCAAUGGCUGGAGAGCCGUCAUGAGGCCAGCCUACUGCCCAUGAAGGAAGACCUGGCCAUUUGGCUCACACAUACCCUGGGUGUGGAGAUAACGGGGGAGAGCUUUAUGGAUCGCCUGGACAACGGGGUCCUGCUCUGUCAGCUGGCUGAGACCCUGCAGGAGAAGUUCAGGCAGAACACUGAUGCCCAUGGGAUCAACAAGCAGACGCUCCCGUCCAGAAGGAUACCCUGCCGUCGGAGUGCCCCUUCUGGUUCCUUCUUCGCCAGGGACAACACAGCCAACUUCCUGGCCUGGUGCCGGUCGGUGGGGGUGGGCGACACCUGCCUGUUUGAGUCGGAGGGCCUGGUUCUCCACAAGCAGCCAAGGGAGGUGUGCCUCUGUCUCCUAGAGCUGGGUAGGAUAGCCUCAAGGUACAAAGUAGAACCACCAGGACUCAUUCAGCUGGAGAAAGAGAUUGAGCUGGAGGAGAAAGCCCCUCCCCCUCCUCCAUCACCUGUGUCCCAAGACCCGCCCCUCUCCUCCUCGCCGUCCUCGUCUUCGUCCCCCUCCCCCGCUCCAAAUAAAUCCACUGCCAGCAAGAAGAGCACAGGCAAGCUGCUGGAUGAUGCAGUGAAACAUAUUUCUGAGGAUCCCCCCUGCAAAUGUACCAAUCGAUUCUGUGUGGAGAGGCAGUCUCAAGGCCGCUACCGCGUGGGCGAGAAGGUGCUCUUUAUACGGAUGCUGAACAACAAGCAUGUGAUGGUGCGCGUGGGCGGAGGCUGGGAGACCUUCGAGAGCUACCUGCUGAAGCACGACCCGUGUCGCAUGCUCCAGAUCUCCCGGGUGGAGGGCAAAACCUCGCCCGUCACCAGCGGCCGGACCCCCAUGAUCAAGGACCUGGGCCCCGACAGCUAUCUUGUGGUGGCGGCCCACUACCGCAGCAAGAAGUGAGUGCCGGGCGGGUGUGGAGGACCUCUGGGAGGACCCGUGACGGUGCCACUCUGUGUUGAGGUUCAAAGGUGGCUGCAGGUGGAUGGAUUCCUCAGUGGCUGCAGAAGAGAAAGCGUUUAGAUGAGCCAGGAGAGACAAGGUGUUAAGGGUGACUCAUGUGAACCCACGUCUCCUUCUGAGGAGCGGGGGGGUCUGAUGGAGCUCAUGGACGUUCGAGGCCUGGUAUCAAUGUCAUCUGCUAUUCAGGUUUCAUGACCAUUGAGGCAGUAUGGGUAUUGUGAUUCUUGUUGUAUAUUUUUUGUUCUACACCAUAACAUCAGUUCCUUAUUUUUUCCUUUCUGUACUGUAUAUGAAACAUGGAGUAUUGCCCCACAUGAUGUAGUGGUGGGGCCUUCUCUGGAACCAUGCAAAACUUUUCGGUGCACACUUUAAUGAUGAGUUUAAGCUAGUUCUGCAGUCCUCACAGACUACAAAUAUGUCUAUUCUAGCACUCAUUUUAAUGCUCUAUUUACCAAAGUGAUGUAUUGCCUUGUUAUCUUAUGCUGUGAUUUGAUCGGACCAUCGUUAAACCAAAGUGGGUCUUCUACCUAUUUCCAAUUAGUCCAAUUUGUUUCUCUGUGGGUCGGCUUUGAUGGGUUGAAGUUGUAUUUUCUUAGACAUUUGUUAGGGCCACCCUUUAUAACAAGACUCGCGGUUCAGCGGCCAGUAACAUAACAGGAAAAAACAACAAACCAGAAUUAAAGGUCGUAUAAUAAUGACGCUUCAGUAAACGUAUGUCGUUCCCAAACGCCCAACAACGGGUGGACUGUUUAACCAAUACAAAAAAGGUGGAGGAAGCCUGGGUCAGCCACAUUGGGCCGUCAAAGCCAGGAGUUCCUCCUCCAAACCUACAAUUCCCUUGACUCUCUACUUACAACAGAAACACAAAAACAGACUAACAGCCCUACAUUCACGGAACCAAAACAGCUCUGGACAAAGUGACAACCAUACGAAAAGGCCAGCGGCCAGGAGCUGCCAAUAGUGAGAGACCCGUGUGGGAAGACAGGCCACGCCUUAAGUAGCGGCAAUAGUAGUAGUAGCUCCACCACCGAAUCAGGAUCACCUGAGAGACAUAGAAGAGAAAAAAGCAGGAGGAAUAGCAAAAAGGGGAGGCUCGUAACAACAUUAUGUGACGCUCUUCUUACUUUUCUUAUGCCAAUAAUUCUAAAAAUAAGUAUCUAUUUUUGUAUUUACUUUAGCUUUAAGGUGAAAGACAUUUUAACAAAAUAAAUGCAGUAUUACAGAUUA